CCCCCCCAGUGUCCGGAGGCCGGCAUUGCAGCGUGACGUGUUGACAUGGAGAUUUCGCCACUGUGGAGGGCAUUAACCUUCCCUGGUUAUUUGACUCCCUCCUGGGCAAGGUGUGCCACUGGUGAGGCAUGGCAGGAGAUCAUGUUGGCAAGCCUUCCGGGCAAACGGUGCGACCCAGACUCAGACUACGGUCCAGGAGAAGAGUACACGUGCGGAAGCAACUUCGCCAUCAUCUACUUCAUCAGUUUCUUCAUGCUCUGUGCGUUCCUGAUCAUUAACCUGUUCGUGGCCGUGAUCAUGGACAACUUUGACUACCUCACCCGGGAUUGGUCCAUCCUCGGGCCUCACCACCUCGACGAGUUCAAGAGAAUCUGGUCGGAGUACGACCCCGAGGCGAA